AUGGCAGCCAAUAUACAAGAGAACACUGCGAAACCGCCGGAGGAGCCAAAGGCUGUGAAGCCAGAACAGAAGAAGACAGAAGAAGAGGAGAUCUCUGAGGAGGAUGAGAAGUUGAAGAACGAUUUGGAGUUGCUUGUUGAGCGGUUGACUGAGGAGGAUUCAUCGCUGUAUUCACAGGCGUUGGAUCAACUGAAGGAGCAGAUAUCGUCGUCCACAACGUCGAUGACCGCUGUUCCUAAGCCGUUGAAGUUCUUGCAUCCGCACUAUGAGGCCCUCGUGAAGGCAUUUGAAUCGUGGAGCGAUCCAGCGCUCAAGUCCAGAUUCGCCGACAUCCUUUCAGUGUUGAGCAUGACACACUCCGACAACGGUAAGCACGAUGCUCUCAAGUUCAGACUCAUCUCUGGUGAGGAGUCCUAUACGGACUGGGGCCAUGAGUACAUUCGUCACUUGGCAUUGGAGAUUGGAGAUGCUACCAACGAGAGCUUGGAGUCUGGAGAGACGCAGUUUGACGAGGCAGAGAUCAAGAGCAUUGUGCUUAAGAUCGUUCCCUUCUUUUUGAAACAUAACCAGGAGGCGGAUGCCGUGGAUCUAUUGCUCGAGACCGAUAACAUUAGCGAGUUGCCACAGUUUGUUGAUAAGAAUAUCUUCAGAAGAGUUGGACUGUACUUGGUGAGCUGUGUGCCUUUGUUGCCACCUCCAGAUGAUUUGGAGUUCUUACAAACUGCGUUCGCGAUCUAUUUGGAACAUGGUGAACUCACACAGGCGUUAGCGCUUGCUAUCAGAAUCGACGACGAGGAAUUGAUUGAAUCUGUUUUCAAAUCUACCGAUGACCUCACGGUUAAGAAACAACUGGCUCUAAUGCUCUCUAAACAGAACUCGGCAUUCAAGAACGAAGAAGUGCAAGAUCUCCUCGAUAAUAGAAACCUCUCUGAAAAAUUCCAAUAUGUUAUCAAGGAGCUGAACUUGCAAGAACCAAAGCUUCCAGAGGAUAUUUACAAAUCACACUUGGAGAGUGUACGUCAUGAGGCAACAAUCGACUCUGCAAAGCAGAACUUGGCGUCUUCUUUUGUCAAUGCAUUCUUAAAUAUGGGCUAUGGUACCGAUAAGAUGCUCACAGAGAAUGAAAACUGGAUCUACAAGACUAAAGGCGAUGGUAAGCUAUCUACUGUGGCAAGUUUCGGUGCCAUUCAUCAGUGGGAUGUCGAUGGAUUACAAACGUUGGACAAGUACUUGUAUUCUUCGGAAGAAGAAAUCAAGGCUGGUGCACUUUUAGGUAUGGGUCUUGUCGGCGCAGGCGUCCACGAUGAAGUUGAAUCUGUGUUGUUGUUACUUCAAGACUACGUGACAAACUCUAACAAGAAGCUCGCCAUGUCAGCUAUUCUUGGAUUGGCACUGUCCUUCUCUGGUUCUCAAAACGAGGAUCUCUUGAACUUGUUACUCCCCUUGGUUUCAAACUUGGAAGUGCCAAUUGAAGUUUCUGUACUUUCUGCAUUGGCACUUGGUCAUGCCUUCGUUGGUACAUGUAACGGUGAAAUUACAUCCACUAUUUUACAGACUCUUUUGGAGAGGGAUUUCGCUCAAUUGGAGAACAAAUGGAUCAAAUUCAUGGCACUGGGUCUUGGUUUGUUGUUCAUGGGCAAGGCUGAACAAGUUGAUGACGUUCUUGAAACCAUCAGAGCCAUUGAACAUCCAAUCUCGAAGAGUUUAGAGGUUUUGACAAGAAUCAGUGCAUAUGCAGGUACUGGUAACGUUCUUGAGAUCCAAGGCUUGUUCGAAAUUUUGACACCAAAGGGCCCACCAUCAGAAGAAGAGACUAAAGAUGAAGAUGCGGAUGAGGAUGAGGAGGAGAACGGUGAAAAAGGUAACAGCAAGGCUGAUAAUGACGACGAAGACGAAGACGACGAAGAUGAGGAGAAGAAGGUCACCGAUGAUGCAUCAUUGGCGUAUGCUGUUUUGGGUAUUGCAGUGAUUGCACUGGGUGAGGAUAUCGGUAAGGCUAUGAGUUUAAGACACUAUGGCCACUUGUUGGAUUAUGGUUCUGAUUCGAUCCGUCGUGCUGUUCCACUAGGUGUUGGUUUGCUCUCAACUGCUAAUCCUCAGGUAAAUAUCAUCGAAUCGCUCUCUAGAAUGUCCCAUGACCAGGACAUUGACGUUGCGAUUAAUGCUAUAUUCGCCAUGGGUUUGAUCGGCACCGGUACAAAUAAUGCAAGAUUGGCCCAGUUGUUUAGACAGUUGGCUGCAUAUCAUCGUGAUGGCAAUGCGCUUUUCGCCACUAGAAUCGCACAAGGUUUGACACAUUUAGGUAAAGGUACCUUGACGCUCAACCCAUUCACCACAGAAGGUAGAAUCCUCUCAAAGGUUACACUUGCGUCCUUGUUGACCGUUGCCGUUGCAUUUGUCGAUCCAAGCUUCAUCUUGGAGCAUCACUACUUGCUCUACUUUUUGUGUAGUGCGGCACGUCCGAGGGUGCUGGUUACCGUUGAUGAAGAAUUGAAUGAGCUUCCAGUUACAGUGAGAGUUGGUAAAGCCGUCGACGUUGUUGGUCAAGCUGGUAACCCAAAGACAAUCACAGGAUGGGUUACACAGACAACACCGGUGCUAUUAGGCUAUGGUGAAAAGGCCGAGUUGGAGGAGAACAGUGAAUACGUUGCCCUCUCAUCCUUCCUGGAUGGAAUUGUCAUCUUGAAGAAAAACCCAGAUUACAUUGAGGAUGAGAAAUGA